AUGGGUACUUGUGCUAGUGUUCCCAAGGCCAUGAGAAAUGAGGAUAGGUCUACCUCAAGAGGAGUUAUGCUUAAGCGGAAACUCACUCGUCAAAUGUCUAAAAGGUGGACAUUCCGUCAAGUAUCUACAAAAAUAACCACCCCUGAGGUGUCUGAGGAGCCGACCAGCCCCGAGGUGACCACGCCUGAGGUAUCUAAUGAGGAGACUGUUCUCAAGGUAUCCGAAGAAGUGACCCCCCCUAAGGUGACCACGCCCGAGGUAUCUAAUGAGGAGACUGCUCUUAAGGUGCCUGAGGAAGUGAACACCAUCGAGAAACCUGAUGAUGUGACCGCCCUUGAGGUGCCUCAAGAGACCACCGUCACGGUGGCGGCAGAGGAACCGAAGGAAGAAGGUGAUGAUGCGAAAAAGGCAGAGAAAGAAAAGGUUGAAGAGGAGAAAAAAGAGGAUGGGAAUGUUUUCGAUGAGACUCAGUCUCCCGUAGACAUAAUUAAUGAGGCAGAGGAACCUAAAGUUGAUUCAAGCGAAACAGAGGAGACUGAAGUAGUUUUUAUCCGUACCGAGGAGGUUAAUCCAACUGAAGACGAGCCUAAGGUUGCCCAAAUCGAGCCAGAGGAAGCUGAACUAGAAGAAGAAAAACCUGAAGUUUCCUCCAAACAAAGUGACGAGGUUGAACCUAAAGCCGAUUCUUUUGAAACCAAUGAGGCUAACUUAGAGAAAGAAGAGUCUACGGUUGCCACUAUCAAAACAGAAGAGGCUAAAGUACUUGAAGUUGUCCCUACUCAAAAUGAGGAGGCCCAACCAGAAUCAAAAGAGCUUCAAGUUUCCCCUGCUCAAAUAGAAGAGGCUGAACCCAAGGAAGUUUCCCCUGCCAAAGAAGACGAGUCAUCUGCUUAA